UCAAUUCAAGAAUGUCUUUAAUAUGGUUUAUUUUAAUUAUUUUAAUACUCAUUGUGAGCUCAAAACCAAUGGUUAAAGGGGAAUCACUAGUGCCUUGUUACUUCAUAUUUGGAGAUUCUGUAGUUGAUAAUGGAAAUAACAAUAAUCUUACAACAACAGCCAAAGCCAAUUAUCCACCUUAUGGUAUUGAUUUUCCUACUGGUGUUAAUGGAAGAUUCACCAAUGGCCGCAAUAAAGCUGAUUUUUUUGCUGAACUCCUAGGAUUUGAUAGUUUCAUUCCGCCAUUUGUAUGUGCAAGAGGCAAAGAAAUCCUCAAAGGUGUUAAUUAUGCAUCAGGAGUUGCUGGAAUUCGUGAUGAGACUGGCUAUCAAUGGGGUGAUCGGUGGAGCAUGAAUAGGCAACUACAGAAUCAUCUUUUUACAGUUUCAAGAAUUAUUUCUAUAUUUGGAAAUGUUACUUCAGCUAAAGACCUCUUAAGCAAAUGUUUGUACACUGUUGAUAUGGGCAACAAUGAUUACCUCAACAAUUAUUUACAGCCCCAGUUUUACCCUACGAGCCUUUUGUAUACACCAAAUCAGUUUGCAACAAUCCUUGUUCAACAAUUUUCUCAACAAUUAAAGGAGUGGCCGGGUUGA